AGGGAGUAUUUAUUUUGAAAGUUCGUCCUCUACACAGGCUAUUUGUGACUCGGGGUAUAAUUCUUGUACCGCCACCAAUUCCUUUCCUAAUUCCUCAUCUGAGCAAUGGAACUUCCCGACUUAGAUGAGCUUGAAUGGCUGGAGUUUCAGCAGCAGGAGGAAGAUUAUCCGGUGGAAUUGGAAGAAGAAGAAGAAGAAGAAGAAGAAGAAAGUAUUGACGAAGGCAAAUAUAAGAAUGAAGCUAAACAUUGUGAUACUGAAGAAUCACUUUAUUCUGAUCCCCACCUACAAUUUCACUCUCAGAUUCCCUCCAACGAGAAGAAACGUCCUCGAUCUGACGAUGAUGACUGUGUUAGGGUUAGGGUUAGGAUUCCUAACCACGACAACGACAAAUUUUUGUCCCGCUAUGCCUCUGAUAUUGACGGCGAUUAUGUUCCAGUCACUUCACCCUCCGGUUCUGGCGAACGAAUCUAUGCCAAGAUAGAUAAAAAAAAUAUUUCAUUCGGUGAUAGCAAUGUUAACAAAUUCACUAUGCCUCCCAAUUUUAGCGGUAUUAUCUCAGAAUCAGUUUGUUUGUUACUACAGAAAGCGGAGCAGGAUGCUCUUAUGAAGGCUUUGCAGGAUAGUUCUGAAGUGCUGAACCCUUUAUCAUCUUCAGAUACAUCAAUAAUGACUGAGGAGCUUUGGGUAAACAAAUAUGCUCCAAGAUCUUUUACCGAACUUCUUAGCGACGAGCUAACAAAUCGAGAGGUUCUCUCUUGGUUUAAACAAUGGGACGCUAGUGUUUUUGGUAAUGACAUUAGAGACACUGAAGAAGAGGUUUUGUGUGCGUUGAGACGACAUUCUUCUAUUCCCCUCCAUCAGAAACGCUCAAGUGCAAAUUUCCUGGGGAAGAGCGGAGGACCUAAACCGUUUGGAAAGUACAUGGAAAAUUCAUUUACAUCAGAGCUGGAAAAGAAUACGCUGAAUAGCAUUGAUGUAUCACAAACUAAGAUGCAGAGUGUUUCAGGGACACCAGAUCAGAAGGUACUUUUGCUUUGUGGUUCUCCUGGAUUAGGAAAGACAACUCUUGCACAUGUGGCUGCUAAACACUGUGGAUACCAUGUUGUGGAGAUAAAUGCUAGUGAUGACCGGUCAUCAACUUCAAUUGAAGCAAAGAUCUUGGAUGCAGUGCAAAUGAACUCGGUCAUGGAUUACUCAAAACCCAAAUGUUUGGUGAUUGAUGAAAUUGAUGGAGCACUUGGGGAUGGAAAGGGUGCAGUUGAGGUCUUACUAAAGAUGGUAGCAGCUGAAAAGAAGUCUGGCGUGGGCAUUGAAAGAUCUACCAUAGAAGGGCAAAAGAAAUCAUUGAACAAAGGGCGAAAAGCAGUUUCAUUGUCUCGACCUGUGAUAUGUAUAUGCAAUGAUCUCUAUGCUCCUUCAUUAAGAUCUCUACGUCAUGUAGCGAAGGUUCAUGUAUUUGCUAAGCCAACUGUGAAUCGCGUGGUAAGCAGGCUGAAGUACAUUUGUAAAAGGGAGGGAAUGAGAAUAGGUUCCAUUGCAUUAGCUGCUCUUGCUGAAUAUACAGAAUGUGAUGUCCGCUCGUGUUUGAACACACUUCAGUUUCUCCACAAAAAGAAGGAAUCUCUCAAUUUGGUAGCGUUAAGUUCUCAAGUAAUUGGUCGAAAGGAUUUAACACAAAGUGUUUUUGACGUUUGGAAAGAGGUAUUCCAAAAGAGGAAAAUUAAGGAAAGUCAUAAAUGUGAUGUUGACUUGAGAAAGACUUAUGAUUCACCUGAUUCAUUAUUUUCUUUGGUUUCCAAUCGGGGUGAUUAUGAUUUAAUUUUUGACGGUAUUCAUGAGAACUUUUUGCAGAUUCCUUAUCAUGAUCCAUUGCUGCAAAAGACGGUACAUUGCCUGAAUGCUCUUGGUGUUUCCGACUUACUCCAUCAUUGUGUUACCCGUUCACAUAAUAUGUCACUAUCUGUGUAUUAUUCUUUUAUCACUAUCACAACUCAUCUGCUGUUGGCCCGUGUGGAAUCACAACCUAUUGAAUGGCCCAAAUCUUUUCAAAGGUAUCGUUCGUUACUUACAGAAAAGAUGGAGUGUUUGCGGUCUUGGCAAUCUAAAAUUGCACCUUGUGUUUCAAGGCAUCUAUCAUUGAAUUCUUUUGUUGAAGAUACUGUUUCUCCAUUGUUGCAUAUUCUCUCUCCAUCUGAUCUGAGGCCGGUCGCUGUGCAUUUACUUUCAGAGAAAGAGAAGAAUGAUUUGGCUCAAUUAAUCAACACUAUGGUUUCAUUAUCUUUGACGUAUAAGAGCACAAACUCCAAUAAAAUAAUGAAUGAUGAUAUGAUGGGUUCCUCGCCAUUGAAUUUGGAUCCACCCAUUCAGGAUUUCAUGACCUUCAAGGGUUACAAACCAGGACACUGUGAACUUUCAUCGGCUGUCAAGAAAAUUCUCGUGUAUGAGGUUGAGAAACACAAGAUAGUCCAAGAAAGCUUAUCUAAAUUCAGGCAUUCAACUGACAACUCCAAAAGGGAACUCAAUGCUGCUAAGAAUCAGCACAAUGGCACUUCGGAGCCUUCCAAAGUGCAUGAGGCUGCAUGUGUUUAUUACAACAAAGAGAAAUUGACAGAUGUGUCACCCAAGGACAUCUUGUUACCUAAUGUCAAUAGAUUUACAUCAUCCCUGGGGUCUGGUGGAACUUUAGGUGAUGCUAUGAAGCUUAAAUUCACUGCAAAUGUGAAGAAGCCUUCCGCUGGUUCUAUGAACUUCUUUGGCAGAUUUAAAAAAUUGAGCCACAAUGUAGAUAGUACUGAAGAAAAGCUAUCCAAAGUAGACAAAGAGGUGCAUAAUCUCUUAUUCAAAUUCAACGAGGGUUUUACAAAUGCAGUGAAGAAGCCAGUGCGUGUACGUGAAUUCCUACUAUGAUGGAAACCAAAUACAUCUCUCGGAAAAGAUGCCUUAUUACAUUUAUUCUGCAUACUUAGAGCCACCUAUUGCAUCAUCGAACCUGUUGAUGUAAAGAAAUGUAGCAUGACUGCUUGAUGUAUGGAUGUUUUGACCAUGAUUAUUGAACCAUCAUGUAUGACAACCAUGUGAAAGGUGUUACAUUCAUAUGCAAUUUGCCUCGAGUUCUUGA